GCGUUCCCGCGCUCCCGCUGUGGGCAAAGCUAGGCUAGUUUAAAAGUCCCUCCACUACAACUGCUGCAUGCUUUUAUUUUCAUCGCACUCUUUCAUGUUUUCCGUCAUCCCCGCGGUGCAUUUUAAUCACCAGCACACACAGAUUUUAUGAGGAGAUAUUUGCUCGGAUACAUCCAUCGGCGAAAUAACUGAUUUGAUCCACCGACUGUGGGCCCAGUCUGUGGUAAGCUAGCAGUUAGCCUGGUAGUCAAAAUGGCGGACAGCGAGGAUGACGGUGGUUUGUCCAGAACAAUAACAGCCGCAGAACCGCCGGUGGUCGCAGAUCAACCUCCCGGCGCUCCGAGCAUCCAGACGGGAGAGACCUCGCUGUCAUCAUCCGGUGCUCAAAGCGUCCAACAUGGUGAAAUACUGCCUGCAGCAGCGUCCGCUGCAGAAAGCCCCCAGCCCGCCGCGGCGGAGGUCCAGAGCGGUCAGGGUGCGGGAAGCUCCCCGCCAGCCUCCGGCGUCCAGUUGGCCGACUUCUUACAGAGCUGCACCGAGGAACAUAGCAUCUUAGUGGGCACAGAGUUUGCCGGCCUAGGUGCAGACUUGUCCAACACGACCAUCAUCUACGUGCAGCCGGAUGGCAGCCUGGUGGAGGGAUCUGGGCUGACGGCCGAGGAGCACCAGGCUUUACUGGACCAACUGACCAAGCAGCAGAUCGUCCAGGUUUCCGACACGGAGGCUGCCCAGCUGCUCCAGCAGAGCCAGCUGAUCAAAACCAUCCCCGUCCACAACACCGCCCUAGAUCCCAGGCAGUUGCAACAGGUUAUCAACCAGCUCACCAAGUCCCAGCCGCAGGUUCAGAUUCAGGCCCCGCAGCCCAACCAGAAACUGCAGGUUCAGGCCCCGCAGCCGACCCCAAAGCCACAGACUCAGGUCGCGCAGAUGAGCCAGAAGCCACAGGUCAUGCAAGUCAGCCCGAAGCCACAGGUUCAAGUCCCACAGCCCAGCCCGAAGCCACAGGUUCAAGUCCCGCAGCCCAGCCCGAAGCCACAGGUUCAAGUCCCGCAGCCCAGCCCGAAGCCACAGGUUCAGGUACCGCAACCCAGUCAGAAACUGCAGGUUCAGGUACCGCAACCCAGUCAGAAACUGCAGGUUCAAGUACCGCAACCCAGCCUGAAGCCGCAGGUUCAGGCCCCGCAACCAAGCCCAAAGCCGCAGGUUCAGGCCCCGCAACCCAGCCCGAAGCCGCAGGUUCAGGUCCCGCAACCCAGCCCGAAGCCGCAGGUUCAGGUCCCGCAACCCAGCCCGAAGCCGCAGGUUCAGGUCUCGCAACCCAGCCCGAAGCCGCAGGUUCAGGUCCCGCAGCCUAGCCUGAAGCCGCAGCAACAGAUUGUAGUUCCUCAACAGAUUGUGACGGAGCAGAUCCAUGUUUCUCAGCAGAGUGGAAACCAGCAGAAGCAGGUGGUCCUUCUGCCCCAGCAGAACCUUAAAUCUGUUGUGGAGCCAACCGGCGUGCUGGCAGUAAGUGGUAGUUCUGAGACAUCAGCUGGGUCCAGACCUCCGAACAAUGCCUCCCAGCAGCUGAAGAGCGCUGCUCAGCAGGUCGUCAUGCAAAGCAGCGGCUCAGUCCAGGUUGUUCAGAAGAAGUCUGAACCUGUUAGAAUCCAGAUUCAGCUUCCUCCCAAACAAGAUGUAAAGCCAAGUGCUGUGGCCACUGCUGUUUCCCCGCAGAAAAGUGUGGCUGUCAGUCAGCCCCAGGUCAAGAUCUCAACCAACGGGAAUGUGAGCAGCGCUCAAAUUAUCCACAUCCAGCCCGUUGUUGGCCAUCAGAGCCAACAGCUCUUCCUGCAGCAGAGUUCAGGGGACCAGCCCAUCCAGCUGGUGCUGCAGAGCCCAACCCCUGUGCAGGUUGAAUCUUUACUCCCAUUGGUCCAGAAGUUAACAGGUCAGCCAAGUAUAACAGGAACCACUUCUACUUCUGUGCAAAAUCCCACCACCUCUUCUGUCCGUGUCCAAACUCCCACUACUGUAAAGACCCCACUGGCCGCUACAGUUAAAACAAUUAGUGUCCCAAUUGUUAAAACCCCCACAAACGGCACAACAACUGUCACCAGUAAAAGUCCUGUUAAAUCUCCUGUCAAUGUCACAUCAGUCUCUGUACAGGCCACCAAAUCUACCACUGCUCAAUCCACCACAGCAGUCAUGCCUUCAAAAACAAAGGAUCAAGAGAAAGUAAAGGAGAAAAAGGCAAAAGCAAAAGACAAGAAGAUACUGAAAGUUCAGACCAGAUCAGGGCGUGUGUCCCGACCACCCAAGUACAAAGCUAAGGACUACAAGUUCAUCAAGAAUGAGGACCUUGCUGAAAGCCACCAGUCUGACUCAGACGAUUACUCUGAUAUGAGUGUGGAGGAGGAAGAGGGUGAGGGUGGGAAGAAGGAUGGCUCGGCAUCCUCUUCCUCCAACAUGUCCUAUAGCCACAAGUCACGCUCAUUCCGCUGUAAGAGUUGUGACAAAGCCUACAUUGGCCAUGGAGGCCUGAACAGACACUACAGACUGAACCCUACACACGGAGAGCCUGAGCCGCCUGUUGAUACACCACACCUCAUCAAGGAGGACGAGCAGACACAGGAGCCACUGGGAGAAAAUGAGGAGGAGAAGAAGGAGGAGGAGGAGGAAGAAGAAGGAGAAGAAGAAGAAGAGGAGGAGGAGGAAGAUGAUGAAGAAGAGGAGGAGGAGGAGACGAUAAGGGAGGAAGACAGACCUGCAGCUGUUACAUCACAAAGGGUAGAGGGAGGUCCAGCUUCAGCUGUGGGACUCAGGGGCCUCCAUCUUCGGGGUCGGGGGCGACCUCGAGGCCGGGGCAGAGGAAGAGGACGGGGAAGGGGGCGAGGACGUGGGAGAGGGCGAGGCCGUCCACUGGGUCCACCUCGGUCUCUGGGGCCUCCUCCAAAGUUGACAGUCGGCCUCAUCAGCAGACGGGGGCGUCGUGGACGACCUCCGAAGCUCGGCAACAGCACAGUGACCGUAGAGCAGCAAGUGGAGCAAAGAAGAGACAGACUGCAGGAGUUGGUGGAUCAUUGUGAAGAUGAAGAAUUGAUGGACAUUGUUCUGCCUCGUCUGACGAAAGUGAUGAGUUUGUGGGAGCUGCUGUUGGCCAAGGUGGAGCAAGGUGCUUCGGUCCGGAGUGGUUUCCCAAACAUUUACCAUGAGUUUGAGUCCCUCCAGGCCCAUGUGAGACAGGCAGCUCAGGAGUACAUAAUCAGCCCGCAGGGUGGGGCAACACCACUGGAGGUCAGGAACAUCGAGGUUGCCAGGUGUCUGGGAAUUUUAGAUGAGGUGAACAAGAUGAAAGUUGUUCCUGGAGCGUCUCCCAGCUCCACUGUGACUAACAAGAAUGUCCGUUACAUGGAGAAUUCCAAGAUGUUGCCACCCUCAAAGAGAUUUAAGAUGGAAAACAGCGUUCCUGUUCACCAGAACGGCAUUGAGACUCCCAAAAAAGUCGAAACGCCACUGACCUCGGCUCUGAAGUCCUGCUCUGUCUCCAUCUCCCCGGUGGUGUUUCCAUCUGCUACCACAGUGAUGCCCACCACUCCUGCCACUUCUUCCAGCACCGCCCCUGCAGAGUCAUCUUCCACCCAGGCUCCACCCACUGACACUCCCAUGGAAGUGACGCCAUCAGCUGCUGCUGACCACGCCGAGGAUCUACAGCCUGAUAAUAGCCAGGAGGAGCCUCUGCAGACUGAGCAGGAUCAGGACCUUAGUUCCAGUGAUAUCACUGACCAAAUGCAGGAACUGGAAAACGCUCUGGACUCAGAUCCUGAGCCGGCCACAGAGACAACGACGACGACGAUUCCUGAGUCUGAGGGCAAACAGACGAGCCCUCAACACGAGCAGAGUGAAUCCGUCAGCCAAGCAGACAAUGGUGCCAUAGCAGCUUGUGAGGUCACAGAACUCCAGGAGGGCCAGGAGAUUUACAUCCAGGCUGAAGGGCUGACGAUGCAGCUGGCUGAGUCAUCAUCAGACCGGAUCGUGAUUGUCAAUGGGCCAGAUGGGACAACCAUGCACAUCCAGACUCCAGAGGGUGUCCCCCUGGAGGCGGUCCAGGCCCUGCUGGGCAUUGAGGCUUCGGAAGAAGCCAAAGCCCCACAGUGAUCCUCCAGACACUGCACGUGUACAUACAGUAAAUAAUUUAAGUACACAGAUAAUCAGAAGCGGCCGCGUUAAACAGAGACUUGGAACAAAAUGAGUUUUGAA